UUCCCGGCGCAGCCGUCGCGGCGACAGACUCGCUCGCGCACUUUUGACGUGUUCACGCAUCUUUUUCACGUCAAAACAGUUAUGCGAGCACUUUCGCGUAGCGUACGUGCUGUCGUGUACAAUCGUGCGUAUAACUCGCACGCCGGCUAACAGUUGCGCGAAUAUUACCGACAAUCACGUCGCGACUGACUUGGCAAAGCGUUGCGCGAGAAUCGAUAUGCGUGAAGGUGGAGGACGACGGCAACCCGUUGACAACAAAUCAACGGGCUAAACAAUGGAUCAAUACCGAUACCUCGCGACGAAGGGCAACUCGUAGGAAACGGUAAUGAAUCACCGUCUAUCGCGAGAUCCCUUAGUCUGUUAUUCACGGCUUUUGUGACCAGCGUGAGCUAUACCAAAAAGGCUCCUGAGAAAACACCGCGACGUCGGCUCACCUCUCUCGUGUGACGCACACGGGAGAGCCAGAUACACCCAGAACGUUGACAUGGAGAAGCAGCUGGACAAUCAGCAGAAGAGCUGGAAGAAGAAAGGCAUGAGGUCGAGCGCGAGCGCCGCCGAGGUGGCGACGCAAUGUGUGCAGGUGGUGGUGCGAUGCAGGCCGAUGGACGAGCGGGAGACCGGGCGCGGCUACAGCCGGGUGGUCGACGUGAUCCCGUCCAGAGGUGUGGUCGAGGUGCGGCAUCCGCGCGAUGACCCGUCCAGCGAGAACGUCAAGGUAUUCACCUUCGAUGCGGUCUACGAUUGGCACUCAAGCCAACAGGAGCUGUACGAGGAGACGGUCCGGCCGCUGGUGUCCUCGAUACUCGACGGCUUUAACGGCACUAUCUUCGCAUACGGGCAAACCGGCACCGGCAAGACCUACACGAUGGAGGGCUCGAAGACGGACCACGAGAAGCGCGGCGUCAUACCGCGCUCCUUCGAGCACAUUUUCAAUCACAUCGGCAGGACGGAGAACAUGCAGUACCUGGUGAGAGCCAGUUACCUGGAGAUUUACCAAGAAGAAAUACGCGACCUACUGCACCCGGAUCAGAGCUUGCGCUUCGAGCUGAAGGAAAAGCCGGACAUCGGGGUGUUCGUGAAGGACUUGUCGAGCGCGGUAUGCAAGAGCGCGGCGGAGAUACAGCAGCUGAUGAACGUCGGUAACCAGAACCGGACGAUCGGUGCGACGAACAUGAACGAGCAUAGCUCGCGCUCGCACGCAAUCUUCAUGAUCACCAUCGAGAUGGGCGGGAUCGGCGACUCCGGCGGCAUCCGAGUAGGCCGCUUGAACCUGGUAGACCUCGCGGGUAGCGAAAGACAGAGCAAGACCGGCGCCUCGGGGGAGAGGUUAAAGGAGGCGAGCAAGAUCAAUCUGAGCCUGUCGGCAUUGGGCAACGUCAUCUCGGCCUUAGUGGACGGCAAAACUACGCAUGUGCCAUACCGGGACUCCAAGCUGACGAGACUGCUGCAGGAUUCCCUGGGUGGUAACUCCAAGACAAUUAUGGUAGCGAAUAUCGGACCGGCCAGCUACAAUUACGACGAGACUCUGACAACCCUGCGCUACGCGAACCGCGCCAAGAACAUCAAGAACAAGCCGAGAAUAAACGAGGACCCGAAGGAUGCUCUGCUACGGCAGUAUCAGGAGGAAAUCGGUCGGCUGAAAGAGAAACUCGCACAGAGGGGCGUGGUGCAGAAGAAGAGGAAAAGGUCGAAAAGGAAAAAGGAGGACGACGCGCUCGACUCGGAGUCCGAGGCGGACGACAGUCGGGGUGAGGACAACAAUAAAGCGGCCGAGACCGACAAGAAGCUCAUAGCGGAGCAGCUGAGGGCUGAGAAGCAGGAAACCGAGAACCUCGUCCAGCGAAUCAAGGACCUGGAGAGCAAGAUGCUCUGCGGCGGCAAGAACAUAAUCGACCACACGAACGAGCAGCAACGGGCGCUCGAGCAGAAAGCAGCCGAGAUCGCGGAGCGCAAGAGGCGUGAGGUUGAGAUGCAGCAGAAGCUAGAGGACGAGGAGCUGACAAUGGUGGGCGUGAGAGAAACCUACACGACGUUGCAGCAAGAGGUGGACGUGAAGUCCAGGAAGUUGCGCAAGUGCUUCACCAAGUUGCAGGCGCUGAAGCAAGAGCUAGAGGACGUCACUAGCGACUACAACCGUGACAGGCGCGACUUGGAGCAGGAGCAACACGAGUUGAUGAAGGAGCUUAAGCUCAAGUACCUCAUCAUCGAGAAUUUCAUCCCGGAGGAGGAGAAGACCAAGAUCCUGACCAGAAUCCACCUGGACGAGGAGGAGGACUGCUGGGUGGUGAAGGACCCGGAGCCAUCCAAUAUCGACAUAAUCAAACGCCCGACGUCUAUGCCGGGAACGCGCAGACCAGUCUCGGAGUACGCGCGGAUCGCCCUCGCGAUGGGACGAGGCUGCCGUUACGCCGGUGAGAACAUCCUCAACCUGGACCUUGACAUGCCGACACGCACCACCCUGGACUACCAAGGCCCGGCAAUCGCGCCCACGAUCCAAGCCGUACUGGAGGAAGCGCUGCGCGACGAGGGCGACAUCGACGUGGACGCGUCCAGCACGAGGCUGCGAGCGAAGCCGCGGCUGCAGUCCGCGCGAGUUAGGCCGAAGAGCGUCAGCAAAGUGCAGCAGAUCCCGGCGCCGGUUUACCCCAAGACGAGAGGCCUCGUACCGAAGUAAACGAUCCGAGAGUCAAACCCCGACUACGCUUCUCUUUUCUUCAUUCACGAAAGGGGAUAUGUGUACAUAUUGUAUGAACGGCGUGUCUCUAGUGCUUUAUUUAAUUGUUCGCGAGUUCGCCAACUCGCGCGUUGCCAACAUGUCGGGACAAAAGAGAGAACGGACACGCGUCUUUAUAAUUCUCUAGUCAUUGUGCAAUGUGUAAACAUACGAUUAUCGCUACCUGUCGGGCAUGUAAUUGUUGUGAUAAUACAACAUCAAAUAGAUACCAUGCUUUUUUUCCAGCUUCUCCUGCUUGCUGCGUCGCGUACGGAAGUCGUCGCUUCACCCUCUCGCUCUCGUCGCCUUUUAACUUCGACUUCAUCGCACUUCGCUGACGUUUAUUGUCGGUGUUGACAAUCGUUGUCGCGUGUAUCCCUCGGGAGGACUCGAGAUUCUUUCGGACUCUUGCGUUACACGAAGA